AUGCCGCCCCACAAGAUCCUGCUCUUCAACCCAAAUUCGACAGAGGGCUUCACAACGGCCAUGACGGAGCAUAUCACCAAGUACUACGAGUCCAAUGAUGACGUGCAUGUCCGGUUUGGCACUGCUCCCGUCGAGGCUCCGGCGUCCAUCACUUCUGUGACCACCUCGAUACUCUCCGCUGCAAGCUCUCUGCGCAACAUUCUGUCGGAACUUGAACACGAGAAUUACGACGCUAUCGUCAUCGCCUGCUUCUCUGCACACCCUUUGGUGCCCAUGCUACGUGAGAUGACGACAGUACCAGUCGUCGGUAUCAUGGAGGCUGGAAUCCUCAUGGCGUCUCAAGUCGGCAGCAAGCCGGGAAUCAUUACCACCGACAAGCGGUGGGAACCGUUACUGGAGCACGAGAUCGAGGGAGAACUGGGUCUUUCCCGCCAGUGCCGAGCGGGCGUCAUGUCGAGUGGUCUUUCGGUGUUGGAGCUCGAGACGUUGCCGUGGGAACGAGUAGGCGCCGCUCUGGGGAGAGCCGCAGCCCGCAUGGUCGCCGAGAGAGAGGCCGACGUGAUCCUGCUCGGCUGCGCCGGGAUGGUAGGGCUAGACGAGGUCGUUCAGCAUCACGUCGGCCCCGAUGUGACCGUGAUCGACCCAGUAGUGUGUGCGGUCGAGACAGCCGUCAGUCUAGCACGGAUGAAGCUGCGUACGGCGAAAGCGGGACGUUAUGCAAUGUCCACCAUGUAG